AGCGCAACAGUUCAGCGCGGGCGUCGCGCCGUCAUUCGUGAGUCGUGACUCGUGAUGCGAUGCCCGACCACGACAAAUAUCAGCUUCGUCCGCGGUCUGCGCGCUCCCGCGAGCCGCGAUCUCGACGCACCACACAGCCUCUGAGCAAAUAUAGAAGAAAAACAGCGAACGCUCGCGAACGUAGCAGAAUGCGAGAAAUAAACAACGCCUUCGAAGCACUCCGGCGGGCCGUGCCCGCCGCUGAGAUCACAGGGAGCCCCGUGGCUUGUGAGAAACUCACGAAAAUCACCACUUUGAGGUUGGCCAUGAAGUACAUCACGGCUUUGUCUUCAGCUUUGAGGGAUACUAGUCCUGAUAGAGACUCUAGCUGCAGACCUGAUCGUUGGUCGUCGCCGUACUGCUCGGAUCUGUCAGAAAUGUCCACGGAGCAAGAGACAACUUCGGAGUUCACAGAGGAUUCCCUGUCGCCGUUUGACACGUUUUUCGCGGAGUUUGAUUGCGAAUUCAUGGACAGAACAUUCUUGUGAUGUGUGUAUUGAAAUGUAUUUUAAGUACGUGUUUGCCAUAUUAAUUUUAUGUGUAUAGUUUUUGAAGUGAAGUUUAUAUUAUUUAUUUGUUUUUUAAUAAAUUGUUACUGUUAAUAA